CAACAGCUGUUUGCUUUGGCCACUGCUUACGUCCCCUUUUUUACCAAAAAAGAACUUUUUUUUGGUCAAGAGGAGGCUGCUGUUGCUGUGGUCAGGAAGAGGUGUCUAUUUCCAGUUUUCAGUGUUGUGGGCUCGGAGCGAUGUUUUGACAGUUGGAGUUCAGGCUUGUUUUUUUAACUCACUCAGGCUAUACGCUGCUUCGGAAUGCUGUUUGGGAGAAAAACGCACACUUGUGAGUCCUCUAAUCACAGACAGCUCAGUGGCAGUUACCUUCAAGAAAAGUUCACGCCCCAGAGGAGUGCUUAGUUCUAUAGUAGUGAAACCCUGUCAGAGCUGUGUGCCAUAGAGUGUGGAAGAAGAAAAAGGGCUGAGAGUUUCUAUGAGUCUCACUCACUCAAGACUGGCUUCAGAAUGACUGCUCCCGUUUUUCCUUAUAGGAUUUUGUUUUAACAUCAGAUUUUUUGUUAGCGGCUGGGAGACACAGAGCUCUUGUUUCAUCUCUUCUGCGGGAAUAGUUCUGUUUAGCAGAACGCGCAGCCUUUCACUCUUUUGCUAUUUUUGUUUUAAUUCUGUGACCAUGCCUGUUGUUGGAGUUGCUUCUAAGUUGAGACAGCCAGCAGUGGGCACAAAGCCUGUUCACACUGCUAUCCCAAUUCCCAAUCUUGGCAGGACUGCUGUGUCACAGUCUUUUAUGCCAAGGACCGUGGAACUGAGAGGCACAGACAACUCAAUGCUGUCUUGUCAGCUGUCAUUAAAAUCAACCUGCGAGUUUCAGGAGAUGAAAGCACCUCAGGGGAAAACCAAGGAGACUGAAGACAGUAGGAUUUACACUGAUUGGGCCAAUCACUAUCUUGCCAAGUCUGGUCACAAGAGGCUGAUCAAGGACCUGCAGCAGGACAUUGCAGACGGAGUUCUACUGGCAGAAAUCAUCCAGAUCAUCGCGAAUGAAAAGGUUGAAGAUAUCAAUGGCUGUCCCCGAAGUCAAUCUCAGAUGAUUGAGAAUGUGGAUGCUUGCCUCAGCUUUUUAGAAGCCAGAGGAGUGAAUGUACAGGGCCUCUCAGCUGAAGAAAUAAGAAAUGGGAAUUUGAAAACUAUAUUAGGACUCUUCUUCAGUUUGUCCCGCUACAAACAGCAGCAACAGCAGCAGCAGCAGUACUACCAGUCCUUAGUAGAACUCCAGCAGCAAGUCUCUCACCAAUCUUCUGGAGCAUCACCUACCAGCCAGCAUAAGACACAAGACAUGCAAUCCAGUCUCACUGCAAGAUAUGCAACUCCAUCAAGCCACAGUGGAAUAGGAUCCAGUCAAAAGAAGAAUACAAGACUUCCUGGGCCUUCAAGGGGGCCAGCUGCAGGCAGCAGUGCCAGCAAGGUCCAAGGAGCUUCAAAUUUAAACAGGAGGAGUCAGAGCUUUAACAGCAUAGACAAAAACAAGCCUCUCCAAUAUGCAAGCAGCAACGAGAAAGAAAUGGUGAAGGGACUUCCUCAGCCUGGCAGCAUGAAUGGAAAUGUCCAAACAGCCACCAGCACAGGGCAGCAGCUGGUCUCUGCCAUCCCCUCCCCCAGCUCCAGCAAGCCUUGGCGGAGCAAAUCAAUGAACGUCAAACACACAGCCACCUCCUCAAUGCUUUCAGUGAAGCAGCCCAGCCCAGCCACCUCACCUACUCCUACCACAGAACGACUCAAACCCCCACUGUCAGAGGGGACCAAGCCUUCUGGUAGUGGACAGAAGUCCAUGCUAGAGAAAUUUAAACUCAUAAACCCCAGGACUCCCUCCAGAACCCCUCUAACAUCAAAUCUGGGACUGUCUGCAGAGGUGGGACAGAGGGAAGAAGAUGUUUUAUUGGAGAGUAGUGAAGUAGAAGGUUUAAACAGUAGACAGAGCAGUGGAGGAUGCACAGGUAGCAGUCCCAAGCAACCCAUUAAAGCAACUACUCCCACCACAAAAACUGGCAGCAAGUCUGUGAGCAAUAACAAAUCUUUGCCCCAGCCGAAGGACAAGGAGGACAAGAAUAAAAGCAAAGGGAAAGCAAGUACACCUAACAAGGACGAAAAAGAGCAGCUAGCAGAGCCCUCAAAGAAGACCUCCAAAAUCGCAAGCCUUAUUCCCAAGGGAGGAAAGGCUUCAGCUGUCAAAAAGGAACAUGCUAUCCCCGUUUCAAGUGGAAUUCCAAAGCCUGGCCUGAAAGUGGCUACACCCACAGGAAAACCGGCCGCCAGCCCUACGGGACUCAGUGGCAAAGACACAGAGAAAUCAAAGAUUGCAAAAGGAAGUCAGACGUUCUAUAUUCAGAAAUCCCCAGCUGACGGCAGGGCACUGGGUAGCCUGUCCUCGCCAGCAGAGGGAAGACGGACCAGCAUGGUGUCAUCGACCAGCACUUCUGCACUUUCAGCUGCCAUGGCAACAGCAGGUGGACAGCUGUCGGGAAAUGGCAUCGUCCAGCUCCCCCAACAACAGCAGCACAACCACCCCAACACGGCCACAGUUGCUCCUUUUAUGUACAGAACAUACUCUGAAAAUGAUUGUACUACUGUCGCGCCCCCGGACUCCUGUCUCAGCCCCACAAAAGCAGAUCUAGUUUACAGCAAGACUGCCAAACAGUGCCUGGAGGAGAUUUCUGGAGAGGAUCCUGAAACAAGACGAAUGAGAACAGUGAAGAACAUUGCAGACUUGAGGCAAAACCUUGAAGAAACCAUGUCUAGUCUCAGGGGGACCCAGAUCAGUCACAGCACAUUGGAAACCACCUUUGACACCACAGUGACCACAGAGGUGAAUGGCCGGAGUAUCCCCAGCCUGUCCAGCAGGUCGUCUCCCAUGGCCUGGCGGCUGGGCCAGUCGAGCCCCCGGUUACAGGCCGGCGAUGCCCCCUCUCUGCCCAGCGGGUACCCUCCCCGCAGCAACGCCGGCCGCUUCAUGCACACCGACCCGUCGCGGUUCAUGUACACCACCCCUCUGCGGCGAGCCGCCGGCGCGGGCCGGGCGGGAGGCGUGGCCCCCGCUGACCUGAGCGAGAAGGGAGGUGCCGAGGGAACUCUGGAAGCGGACGUCGCGGGUUACAUGAGCGACGGAGACAUUCUCGGCAAGAACGUCAGGACUGAUGAGAUCAGCAGCGGAUACCUGACUGAUGGAGGUCUCAAUCUUUACUCCCGCAAUGUGCAUCGUGUGCCGGACCUGGCUGCCUCCCGUGAUGUGAUCCAAAGGGGAGUGAGUGAAGUGCUGGGGGAUGCAGACAGCUGGGAUGAUAGUAGCUCUGUUAGCAGCGGACUCAGCGACACUCUGGACAAUAUCAGCACAGAUGAUCUGAACACCACCUCAUCUGUCAGCUCGUACUCCAAUAUCGCAGCUUCUCCCCGGAAGAGCAAGGGCGCCCAGUUGAAGACAGAUGCAGAGAAACAUCCCGCGCCAGACAAUGACGGUGCGUGGGGCAGAUCAGACGAUCUGAAGAAAGCAGAUGAGGAGUUUGACGGCAGCAUGGACUCGAGUGGCAAGUGGAAGGGCACGUCAUCUGGGCAGUAUGAAGAAACAGACAAAAGUGGACAAAAGACAGGCCUGCCAGUCUCUCAGAACGGCUCCUGGAGAAGAGGAAUGACAGCUCAGGUUGGGAUAACACCGCCCCGAACCAAGGCCACAAGUGGGACUCUCAAAACACCUGGCAAAACAGAUGAUGCCAAGGCUUCGGAGAAAGGAAAAGUUACCUCCAAGAGUACUGGCAUUCAGCGCUCUCCCUCUGAUGCUGGUAAAAGCAGUGGAGAUGAAGGAAAGAAGCCACCAUCAGGCAUCGCCCGGCCUCCUACAACUGGAUCCUUUGGUUUUAAGAAAGUGGGUAGUGGGUCAGGGACUCUGAUCACAGCAAGUGGGGCCACAGUCACCAGUGGCUCUGCCACUCUUGGGAAAAUUCCCAAGUCUUCUGCCAUUUCUGGGAAGGGGAACGGUGGACGCAAAACUAGCCUGGAUGGCUCUCAAAACCAGGAUGACGGUGUGUUGCUUGUCAGUUCCAAAGUCCCCUUGCAGUACCGUAGCCUGCCCCGGCCAGCAAAGUCCAGCACCAGUGGGAUAGUCAGCAGGAGUGGGCACAGGUCCAGUUCCAGCAGCAUUGACUCCAAUGUCAGCAGCAAGUCAGCUGGGACCCCUACCAGUAACAAGCGCAGGGACACUGCCAAGAUGGGGUCAGGGCGUUCCAGCCCCAUCGCAGUCAACCAGACUGACAAGGAGAAAGAGAAAGUGACUGUAUCUGAUUCUGAGAGCGUUUCUCUGUCCAGCUCUCCCAAAUCUAGCCCCACAUCUAGUGGCCAAUCCGGAUUGAGACAGCCAGGCUCUAAAUACCCGGACAUUGCAUCCCCUACCUUCCGCAGAUUGUUCGGCAACAAAGCAAGCGGAAAACCGAGCUCUCCAGCCAACCCAGAAUCCGUGAAGAACUCCACAGCAAUCGGCAGCCCUCACGCCACGCUGGCACGGCAGGGCAGCCUGGAAUCUCCAUCGUCGGGCACAGGCAGCAUGGGCAGCACCGGGGGUCAGAGCGGGGGGAGCAGCCCCCUCUACAGCAAGGGUCCCGAUCUUGCCACCGAUGUCAUCAGCCUCAGCCAGUCUUUGGCUUCAAGCCCAGCCUCUGUCCACUCCCUGACCUCUGGAGGCAAGCAGUGGCCUACCAACCUCAGCAGCUCCUCAGCCGGCAGCAAGGACACCCUGAGCUACCAGUCCCUGACCAGCCUCCACACCAGCUCAGAGUCCAUCGACCUUCCUGUCAGUCACCACGGCUCUCUGACCGGCCUCACCACUGCGCCUAAAGAGGUUCACAGCCUGCUGAUGAGGACCGGCAGUGUCAAAUCUACACUUUCAGAAAGCAUGCAUCUUGACAGAAACACACUCCCCAAAAAAGGAUUAAGGUAUCCGCCAUCUUCUCGGCAGACCUCUCAGGAGGAGGGGAAGGAGUGGCUCCGUUCUCACUCCACAGGAGGGCUGCAGGACACCGGCAGUCAGUCCCCACUUGCCUCCCCUUCUGGGACCUCCAGCUCAGCAGCUUGCAAAUACCACUACUCCAACCUGGUGAGCCCCACAAACCUGUCACAGUUCAACCUCCCCGGACCAAGUAUGAGCCGCUCGAACAGUAUUCCUGCUCAGGACUCGGCCUUUGACCUUUACGGAGAGUCCCAUAUCCUGUGUGGCAGUGCCACCUCUCUUGAGGAGCGGCCUCGUGGCAUGAGCCGCUCUGAGUCCUUCAGGGACAGUACGGAAGAAGUCCAUGGGUCCUCACUAUCACUGGUUUCCAGUACAUCUUCUCUGUACUCCGCAGCUGAAGAAAAGGCUCAUUCAGAGGUCCAAACCAUCCAAAAUGUUACGCAAAUUAGAAAACUGCGAAGAGAACUUGAUGCCUCCCAGGAAAAGGUUGCUACUUUGACGUCACAGCUGUCUGCCAACGCUCAUCUGGUUGCAGCUUUUGAGAAGAGCCUGGGGAACAUGACGUGUCGCUUGCAAAGCCUGACAAUGACAGCUGAGCAAAAGGAAUCUGAACUGGCAGAGCUGAGAGAAACUAUUGAAGCACUGAAAACACAGAACACUGAUGCACAGGCUGCCAUCCAGGUUGCACUGAACGGCCCUGACCACUUACAUAAAGACCUGCGAAUAAGGAGGCAGCACUCUUCAGACAGUGUGUCCAGCAUCAAUAGUGCGACUAGUCACUCUAGCAUUGGCAGUGCCAAUGACGCGGAAGCCAAGAAGAAAAAGAAGAAGAGCUGGGUUGCCGAUUCCAUUCCUGCCCAGCUAAGAAGCUCCUUCAAGCAGGCAUUCAGUAAGAAGAAGUCAGCCAAGCCACCAUCUCCACAUUCUGAUAUAGAAGAACUCACAGACUCUUCCCUGCCUUCCUCCCCCAAGCUUCCUCACACCACAAAACAGACAAGCACUCCUUCCAUGAAACCCUCCCAGUCAGCAUCUGACAAGUGUGAUUGUGCUAGCAAGUCAUCCCCCAUUUGGAUACCAAAGAAAAGGCAAAAUGGCCAUGUGAUCUACAAGCACAGAUCUCGGCUGUGCGAGUGUACAGAAGCAGAGGCAGAGAUCAUCCUUCAGCUGAAGAACGAGCUGCGGGAGAAGGAACUCAAACUGACGGAUAUUCGGCUGGAGGCCCUCAGCUCAGCUCACCAUCUUGACCAAAUCCGUGAAGCCAUGAACAGAAUGCAGAAUGAAAUUGAACUACUGAAAGCUGAAAAUGACCGGCUGAAAUCAACUGGAAGCACAACUCCCGCAGCUGCACCCGCAAAGGCAGGACGCCCGCCCUCCGAGACCUCAAGCACAUCCUCCUCUUCCUCGUCUCGGCAGUCACUGGGACUGUCCCUCAACAACCUCAACAUCACCGACACUAUCAUGUCAGAUAUUUUGCUGGAUGAUGGAUAUGAAGGAACCUUGAGAAAAGAAGGCCGCAGUGUUAGAAUUGUGGUUACAUUCAAUGACGGAUCAAACCAAACAAAGGGUGUGAAAUGUCAGGAAUAUCUCAUAGGAUCCAUCGGUGUUAGUGGAAAGACAAAAUGGGAUGUGCUAGAUGGAGUCAUCCGGCGGUUAUUCAAGGAGUACAUAUUCCGCAUAGACCCUGUCACAAGCCUUGGCUUAAACUCGGACAGUAUUGUGAGCUACAGAAUGGGAGAUGUGGUCAGGGCCCAUGCUUCAGAAGUGCCUGAAUUGCUGCCUUGUGGAUACCUAGUUGGAGACAAUAAUGUUAUCACUGUGAGCCUCAAAGGUAUAAAGGAGAACAGCAUCGACAGUUUGGUGUUUGACACAUUGAUACCCAAAACAAUUGUGCAGCGAUACCUAAACCUUCUCAUGGAGCACAGACGAAUCAUCCUGUCCGGGCCAAGUGGGACUGGAAAGACUUACUUAGCCAAUAAGCUUGCAGAGUACAUAGUCUGCAAAUCUGGGAGACAUGUCAGUGAAGGAAACGUCACCAGCUUUAAUGUGGACCACAAAUCAAGCAAGGAGUUACGACAGUACUUGUCUACCCUUGCCGAACAGUGCAACUCUGAAGAGAAUGAAACGGAACUCCCAACAGUUGUUAUACUUGAUAACCUCCAUCAUAUUGGCUCUCUGAGUGACAUUUUCAAUGGAUUCCUCAAUUGUAAAUAUCAUAAAUGUCCUUAUGUUAUUGGAACCAUGAACCAGGGAGUAUCCUCAUCACCAAACCUAGAGCUUCACCACAAUUUCAGGUGGGUGCUAUGUGCCAAUCACACAGAACCAGUGAAGGGUUUUCUGGGACGAUACCUUCGCAGAAAGCUCAUCGAGACAGAGAUUGACAAGAAUAUGCGAAGCAAUGACCUCAUGAAAAUCAUUGACUGGAUCCCCAAAACAUGGCAGCACCUCAACAGCUUCCUGGAGGCUCACAGCUCCUCAGAUGUUACCAUCGGUCCCAGGCUUUUCCUGUCCUGUCCUAUGGAUGCAGAUGGUUCCCGGGUUUGGUUCACUGACCUGUGGAACUACUCCCUAGUACCUUACCUUCUGGAGGCCGUGAGAGAGGGGCUUCAGUUGUAUGGGAAAAGGGCUGCGUGGGAGGACCCUUCCAAAUGGGUCAUAGAUACUUACCCAUGGAGCUCUGCGUCUCUACAGCAUGACUGGCAAUCUCUGCUCCAGCUCCGGCCGGAAGAUGUAGGUUAUGAUGGAUAUAGUUCUGCCAAAGAAGGAGCCUCCUCCAAGCAGGUUUCCCAGAGUGACACUGAAGGUGACCCACUGAUGAACAUGCUAAUGAGAUUGCAAGAGGCUGCCAAUUAUUCAAGUGCUCAAAGCUGUGACAGCGACAGCACGAGUCACCACGAUGACUUAUUGGAUUCGUCGCUGGAAUCCACUCUCUAGAGGAGGCUUGGCUGAAGAGUAUAUGAGAGAGAGAAAAAAAUGUCAAAUGUGUUUCCACAAAAAUCUCUGCCACAUAAAUAAACAUGCAACACUUCCAAGUCCUCAGAAAGGGAAUGGGAGGUUGCAGGUAGGCAGGAGCAUCCUGUUAGCAAGGUCAAGUAUGUUUGAAAGAUCAAUGUUUAUUUAAUUUCAAGGCAUUUCCAUACUUGUGGAGCUGAAUGACAGACCUCCAUUUCUCAACUGGAAAAAGCUCAAAUUGAGGGGGCUUUUAAUUGAUGGCUGCACAUACAAAGAAAAUAGUAUUAAGAAAACUGGAAUUUUUAUUUUAUUUUGUAUUAUGUAUUUUUUUUUAACUGCAAACGUUUACAGGGCAAAUAUUGUUUAAUUUACUGAGGUGCUAUCGAAACAGCAUGCAUGCUGUUCUGAUCCAACCCUGACCUCAGUUGAGCCACAUGGUGCUGGUCACAUGACUAAAUCAGUCUUCGGUUUACAACACCGCCCAUUCCACAAUUCAUGCAACUUGUUCACAACAAGCACAAGCACAUUGUGCGACUCCAAACAACCACUACUGUGAAACACUGGACAAGUGCCAAUCGUACCUUAUGAUAACUGCCAAGUGCACAGUGAUGUAUACACCCACAUUUGCUGCAUAAUUUACUAAAAAAGAUAAUGGGUUUUUUUUUGUAUUAUUUCUUUUGAACUGGUAUGCCUGUCAUUCACCCCUCUCCUUACCAAUUUAUAGCAUUAUACCAACAGAAAGCUGCUAAAGGCUGUAUUGUAGAAUUCACUAUUUUUUUCAAGAACCUUAAAGAAGGGAACAAAUUUGAUAAUGGUGCUUUCUCACUGCCUUAAACUUCCUAGCAAAUUUCUAAGAACAUGCGGUUUAUUCUUUGAACCACAGAACAUUGUAAUCAUUUCUUGAGGAAAUAAUGUAAGAAAGGACAGAUUUACGCACAUUCACAUACUUACGCUUUCGUGUAAGUGUGCGUCUUUUGAAAUAUCUUCAUAUCUUUUCUGCUCAUAUUUUUGUAGAAGAAGCUAAAAAGAGUGGCACAUUAGAGUAAUGAACUGCUUUGGACUGCCUACCCUUGGAAGCAUAACUAUUCCACAAAUCAAACCUACUGCCACAUUCAGUUUUAUUUUUGUUAUAGUUUUAUCUUUUAUUUUAGAGCAAAGUAUGGCUAUACAUGACACAUUUAAAGAUUUUUUAGAAAAAAAACAUUUGAAGGGAUGGGGUAUUUCUUUUUUUUUUGUCCUCAUCAGUUUUUUUUUUACCCAGUUGACCUGGGACACUUGACUCAGCAUGAGCACAGCUUUUGAUUUAAUACAGUUUAAUACAGCAUGUUGUUUUGAACUAAGUGUACAUGAAACAUUUAAUUUUACUGAGUGAAGAGCUGAUGGAAGAUCAGCUGGUAAGGGGAGUGGGGGUGGAGGAAGAAGAGUAAAUUUUAUUUUCUAUUUUUCUUUUUUAAGAUAAAAUGCGGGUUGGUUUUGCACAGUUUAUCGGGGUGGGAAUAUUGUAAAUAAGAAGUCUUGCACAGUGAAACAAAGAUACAUUCUGCCCUGUUGAUGUUAACAUAUGCUUAACUUGCUGAGAUUUCUUGUAUUUUGCAAAAAAUAUGUAUAAUAAAAAACAAAAAGAAAUGCAAACCUACAAGCUAUUAGAACAGGUGUGCGUUGUCUUGUAAUAAUUGGUUGUUUGCCUAUGCAGGAGCUUCAGAAUAUAUAGAAGCAUGUGCCAGUUUGAUAACAUAAAGAUUAAUAAAUGAAAACAAUCUAAGGGAGGUUGAGCAUGGUUUUAAUAGGUCUGUUACAAUAAUACUGAAAAGAGCAAAUCUGAACACAGCAAAGAGAAAAAUCAAAUACUAAAGCAAGCAAAAAACAACUGUCUUUCACAAAGCCAUUACUCAAAACUAAAUGUGAUCCUCAGCCCCCAGACAUGACAUUAUCCUAUAUUGAAUCUUCCAGACCCAAACAGGUUAGAUCUUCCAAAGAAAAAAAAAACUAUAGUACAUUCAGAACUGUAUGUCUCUCACCUGUGAGGGGUAGAUUUCUCUUUACACAAGAACACAGUAUAGACCAUUGAUUAGGUUUGAUUCAAAUGGAAAUCUGUUAAUAACAAAUUAACAGAUCGAUCAAACAAAUUGAUGGGACCUCGUUUGUACAUUUGUAUGUACUUUAUAUUUUUUUUAAUUAGAGAAAGUAUCACCAAGGUCUCUAGAAAGCAUUAUCCAGUUUUUGACCCAAAAGCUUUAAUGCUUACUGACAAACUUUUGUUUAACUUUUCAUAGUAUAACAGCAUUCAUUGUGAAACACUUCUAUGUCCAAUUAUUUUCCUUUCUCAGUUUGUCAGGAGGUUGAGAAAUACUUUACUGGCAUUGAGACUAUGUAGACCUGCUUUAGGUGAAACCAAAAAGUGGGAAUAAACUGAAAUCAACAGGAACAAUCUUUCAGGUGCUAACAGCUACUUAACCCACCUACUGAACAUAUUUAAAAUCUGAUUACAGAAGGGCAAAGUUUUAAUGCUGAUAAAACCCUCAGGACAAUCCUUCUUUCUGUAUUCAACUAGCAGGUCUAAAGGCUUCAUCUCUUUUACACAUCAAGGGCCAGCUUUAAUCAGCUGCUUGCUUACCCAUCAUUGAGGACAAAAAUAAACAGAUAUAUUGAAAACCUUGCUGGCUGUCCUGUAUCAACAUUUUUAAAGGUCAGUUGUCUGAAACCAUUCACCAAAAAAAAAAUCCUGUCUAGGCCAUUGUGGGUACAUCAACCAAGUGACAUGUUCCAACUUUUUUGCAAUACAUCUCAGUGAGUGCAUAGAGUUUACUACUUUGAAGAGUUUUUUGUGAAACAUUUGUCUUUAAAUGUUUUAUAUUUUGUACAUUUGUAUGUAACAUAUCAUGUAAAUAGACAGAGACAGUGAUUUAAAUCAUCCGAAAGAUUUUGUAGUCUUUGUAAAGCCCUAAUAAAUAGUAUUUGGUGUCACCAGAGUAAACUGGAUGAUGUAUUAUUGAUUUUUCUUUUUCUUUACUGGAGCACCGUGGAAAGGAAAGGAAGUAAAAUUGUACCUCUAGGUUGUAAACCAGCUUCCUUAUAUUUUUUAGCAGAUGUGCACACUGUAUCUGUCUAAAUUAUUACUUUGCCAUUAAAAGUCAUUAUUUAUUGAAACUAA